AUGAUCAUCCAACCGGCUAUGGAUAUCACAUCUGCUAAGGCGGUUGAGAAAAUAUUACGGAGAUGCAGUAGCGAGAUUGAUCGAUUACCUAUUGGAUCAUUGGAAUCGUUGCGUGAACCUGUCAACCUUGAUAACAACCAUAUGUGUUUGAACAAAUACAAGUUAUGUCUUAUUUCAAAUGACUUGCUUACUCUACAACUUGUGUUAAAUAAGUUUAAAAAGAAAAAGGAAUUCACUAGGCUCUCUGAAGAGUUACAGGCAGCCAUAAAUUUGACUGACGAGAAGAGAUAUGUCAACAGCGUCCUAAUCAAACGCCAUGAAAAAGAUGAAAAUGGAUUAGAAGAAGAACAAAUUUUAGCAAAGAAGGGCCCCCAAGAAACAAUAUCUAAUGUUAUUGUGGAGGACAAUGAUUUGAGCUCAUUGAGGAAGAGACUAUUAUCAAAUGAUAGAGGCACAUCUCUAUUGGAUUCUACAAAAGAUCUGAACAAUUAUCAUAAUUCCUUUCAGGAUGACUUGAUCGAUGACUUAGCAGAUUUAUCUAAGAGUUUAAAAAGUUCAGCGAAGAAUUUCUCCACUAAAUUAUUUGAAGACUCUAAAGUAGUUGAGGAUACUGAAAGAAACUUCUCUAAGAACUCAAAUUAUAUGACUACAAUUGGGGGCAACUUGAAUAACUAUCUUCUGAAUAAGACUGGUAAUAAAAUUGGCAUUUUCUGGCUACUCAAGGUGUUUGGAAUAAUAUUCCUUUGUUUCAUUUUCAUUGUCAUAAUAAUCAAGAUUAUUCCUAGUUUUUAA